ACAUGCAGACGUGACGGACUUCUUAUCCGGAUCAUGUACACCGUGUAGAACAGCAGACAAAGUAGGGUUUCCCAAGCAGCUGACAAGAACUGCGAACUGCUAGGCCACACCGCCUCCCCGACGCAGCGAUGGUGACGCCUCAGGCCGGCCGGAGCCAUGGAAAGCUUAACUUUCUCUCUUCCUUCGACCGGCGCUCCUCGUGUGCUUCCCUUCCCCUGAAAACUCUCGACUGAAAAGAACUUCCCCAAGAUGGCUUUCUCGCCAUCUGCAUCUUCACGUCCAUGCCCCGCUUCACUCAGGACGAUGGCGCGGGUACGGGCUUAGAGUCGCGCCUCCCCAACACCACCGCGCAGUAUGUCUACCCGAUGCUCAUCGCACUGGCUUGGUGCAACGCCAUCGAUCUCAUCGUGCUGUGUCUAAACACCUUUAAACGCUACGAGGGCAGCUACUUCUGGAGCCUGUUCAUUUCGUCGGUCGCCAUCAUCCCCUUCGGCCUCGGAUACAUCCUGCGCCUGUUCGAUAUCACCUUCACCCGCGGGUUUCUCGAACUCGCCAUCGUGGACGUGGGAUGGAGCGCCAUGGUAACGGGCCACUCGCUGGUCCUGUGGUCGCGCCUCCACCUAGUUCUACACCGCGAACGAGUCCUCAAGGCCCUCCUGUACCUAAUCAUCUUCGACGGCGUCCUCAUCCACUCCGCCUGCUCGGCGAUGGAACUCGCCAACAACGCCCUCCCGCACUCCCGGCGCGUGACGCUGGGGUUCGGCAUCGUCGAGCGCAUCCAGCUGGUGUGGUUCUGUCUACAGGAACUACUCCUCUCGGCAAUCUAUAUCCGCGAGACGGCGCGCCUGCUGCGUCUAGACCGGGGCGGAAUCUCGCGCAGCGUGCUAUCGCAACUCCUCGGCGUCAACGUGGUGAUCAUCUUCCUGGACCUGUCGAUCGUGGCGAUCCAGUAUGCCGGGUACUUUACAUUCCAGGUGACGAUGAAGGCGCUGGUCUACAGCAUCAAGUUGAAACUGGAGUACGUGAUCCUGGGUCGGUUGGUGGAUGUGGCGCAUAUUCGGUCGCAGGGGGAGACGCCACGGUUCCGCAUCUAGAUUGAAUUUCACGUUGUAUAUACUUCCUAUGUUCGUGCGAGCUAGACAUACAACUGUUCACGAUUCUACGUUCUUUUUCAUCCAGGGGGAUUCGAACGGAUGACGCAGUUCCGGCACCUCGUAUUCCCCCGAUCAGACCCGACGACGGAGAUAAACAAACUCCAUCCGACAGUCUGAGUCAGAUCACAUAGAA